AUGUCCAUGAUCGGCUCACAUUGCGGAAUCGUCGUAUGGGGGGGCAAACUCGCCAUCAUAAAUCGUACUUUUACAAGCAGUGCAACGACGUUUCAAGUCGAGACUCAAGAUUGCGACGAGGCACGACAUCCAAUGGUCCGGACAGUUCGACGUGCUGAGAUGCUUCAAAUUCAGUGGCCAGAUUUACGGAGACGAGCAGUGCUGUUUAGCGCGGAACGGAAGAAGCUGGUCUGUGCGGCUAGAGUUGGAAUCGCGGUGAUCGGCCCUACAAUUGCUGCCACUCUGAUUGACAGGACGGUCAUGUUUGAUCAUCUACAGCCUUUUCCGCUCAAAUUCAACUUGCAAAAUCAUUGUGAACGAACGAAGGCAAAGGACAACCCGAUUGAAUACUCAUUGCAACGUCUCGCCGAACAGAACUACUCCGACUCCUUAGAACCGAGGAAUAGCAGCUGCCAGCCCUGUCCGGAUUCACCUCCGUUCGAGUUUGGAUCGCAGGGGUAUUCCCAGUGCGGCGUCCCAGAGACAGGUGCUUCGAACGUGUGGAAAUUGAGUUAUGAAGCAAAGCGUCAUUUGCUGCUCACCGUCGCUCUUCAGCGGUGCAAACGCUCUUUGGCUGUGGAUACAUUGAAUGCUUGA